AUUGGCACAUCCACUCAUUGAUUGAGAAAAAAAAGUAAAAAACUUGUUAUCUGAAUACUUUGAAGUGAAAGAGAGAUCUAUCGAGAUGGCUUGUGUUGCGUUGACUUCCCUCAUGGCAACAAUUAAGCUAGAGUUUCUGCAACCAAAUCCAAGCAGGGUUCCUCUUGAUGAUGAAGGGCCGGGGUUUAUAUCAAUGGAAACUUUGUAUGAAAAGCUUUCAUCUUUGCAAGCUUUUCUGCAGGAGAAAUCAGGCGCAGGGGGUGGCACUGCAAUCAGAGGUGUGGAGAUACAGAUCAGAGAUUUUGCACUGGAUGCCGAAGACCGCAUUGAAAUACAACUAAGCAACUUUCUUGUGGCCAAGAACGGAGAGGAUCAACAAAAAGCUGCACAUAAACUCCAUCAAACCUUGCGAAAAGCAGCAGAAAACGCAGCAGAGUUGCUGGAAAAAAGCAAGGAAACAGAUGAUAAACAAGUGGUGAACAAAAGUGAAGGACCACUGAUGAUUCCUUAUUGGUUAAAACAUGCUUUGGCUUCGGAGCCCAGCAAUGUCGUUAUGGUCGGUCGUGCCCGUGAUUGUGAGCGGAUAAAGGACCACCUCUUCUUGGGCACUUGGUACCUAGAAGUGCUCUCAAUUGUUGGAAUGGCCGGCAUUGGGAAAACAACUUUAAUUAGUAGUGUCUAUCAAGAUCCAGAAGUUGCAUCGCAUUUCGAUGUAAGAAGUUGGGUUUCUAUGCCGGGGGGAUACAAUAACGUGAGCCAACUGCUACUCGCCCUUCUUUGGACACUACUACCAGAGCCAGAUGAUGAAAUUAGAAAGGGAAUCAUUCCUGAUGAUGAUGAUCUAGCAGCUGAGCAGGUAUACAAAUGCUUGAAAGGUAAGAGAUAUCUAAUUGUUUUGGAUAACUUAUGGAACAGUCAAGGUUGGCAUGGUAUAACAAGUUGUUUGCCUGAGGAUAAAAAUGGAAGUCGCAUAGUGAUAACCACUAGGCAUAUUUCAAGGAGGGGGGAUCAUUAUGUUUUCACAGAUUGUAGUACUCAUAAUAUGACUUUGCUAAAUCCAGAAGAAAGUUGGACUUUAUUUUGUAAUAACCCUUUUCUCAAACUGGAGGAACAUAAGGCACCACCUAAAUUUCAAGAAAUUAGGAGCCAAGUUGUAGAGAUAUGCGAAGGAUUGCCACACACAAUUCUUGUAGUUGCAAAACGUCUAUCUGAGUGUGACAACAUAAAACAAGAAUGGAAGAAGGUUGAAAAGCAAAUAGAGUUGCUUGGAGUUCUAGAUAGGAGGGUACUGACCCACACUUACAAUCAAUUGUCACAACGUUUAAAAGUUUGUUUUCUAUAUUUUGCAGUCUUCCCAAAACGCAGUGCAAUCAAAGUGAAACGACUUAUUAGGUUAUGGAUUGCUGAAGGAUUUAUUAAUCCAUUGGAGGGAAAGGAGUUAGAAAGUCAAGCCUAUGAGUAUUUACAAGAGUUCCUUGAUAGAAGUCUUAUUCUAAUUGACCAUUGGAGUUUUUGUAGAAAAAAUAAGAAAUGUAGGAUGCAUAGUGCCUUACAUAGCUUUUGCGUAAGAGAAGCUCAGAAAGAGGGCAUUUUUUGUGCUUUUAAUACUCUGCAACUUCCACGAGGGUCAUUUGGCAUGUUUGCAAAUUCAUGUCGCUGGUUAAGCUUAUACACACAUAAAUUUGACUAUUAUGUGUUGUUAAGAACAAACAACCCUCGCUCCAUUUUUUUCUUUCAAGAAGAUGCUGAUAUAUUUAUAUCUUUCAAGUUGCUUAGAGUUUUGGCUUUUGCUCCAUCUUCGUUUCUUCAAAGAGUGCCAACACACUUACAUGAUUUAGUUUUUUUGAGAUACCUAUCUGUAUCUGAAUGGUUUGAGGGUCUUGAGUAUGUAGUGUUAACCAAUCGAAACUUGCAGACACUUGUUGUUUCUAGUAAAGAAUCCCAACUUGGAACACCUACUAUUCAUUUGCCCUCAAUAAUUUGGGAGUUACCGCAGUUACGACAUCUUGAACUUGACAAAUCUUAUGUAAUUGAUCCUCCAGACAUGGAUAAAGAUAAUAUGCAAACAUUAUUUUGGGUGUGUCCAACUCAUUGCAGAACAGGAGUAUAUUGCAGGUUUCCAAACAUUGAAGAUUUGAAAAUCUUUGUUUCUGGAGGCAAUCCAAUUACUUUGGAUAAUCUUGAUUGUUUGGAACAACUUGAGAUGCUAACAAUUUCAGUUUUGUUAGGCCAUGUUGUAACCCUUCCAAAACGAUUUUGGUUUCCUUCACAACUAAGGAAGUUGAGCUUGAAUGGUAUUAACCUUUCGGAGAGGGAUUUAACGGUAAUUGGCAAGAUACGUGAGCUUGAAGUUCUCAAGUUGAAAAAUGUCUUUUAUGGAAAAGUAUGGGAAGUAGAAGAAAGUCGAUUUCGUAAUUUAAAAUUCUUGCUUCUUGAAGAUAAAACGCUCAAGAAAUGGAGAGUUGAUGAAAAUUCGCUUAAUUGGCUUGGGCGCUUAGUCCUAAGAUUUUGUUAUUGUUUAAAAAAAAUCCCUCUUACUAUGGAACAUAUUCGGAUCUUGGAGUCAAUUGAGUUGCAGCAGUGUUGUCCUUCCGUUGUCACUUCUGCAGAGGAUCUCCAACGUAAAACUAACAGACAAGGCCCAACUUUUGAGAUCAAAAUCGUGGGACCUGAAUAUGAUGAAUCACAAUGUACAGACAUAGAAGAGUCUAUACCUUCAGAUGAUGAAUGACGAUGACAAGCUAAUAACUGAUAAUGCUGUGAAGAAUCAGUUCACGACCCUCUGCAAAAAGAGAGCGAAGAACGAGGCAUUAGCAUAAGAAAACAGUAAUUCAUUCAUUAAUAUAAUAGGAGGGUUAUCUUUCCAAGUUGGCUCAGCAUUUCAGAAUCUGCAGUGCCCCUUAAGAAGCAAAGGUAAAAUUCGUUUAGUGUG